AUGACAAUAAUAAUACAGAAGUUCUUCCUUGCAUCGUUAUUAUGCUUAACAUGUUUAUGGACGGUAGUGUUAUGUCGGAAUAGUUUAAAUAUUAUAAGAGAAUGGGUUCAGUUGGAGUUCGUAUAUCCUAAUGAAGAGGCUCGCAUUAGAGCUAUAACUAAUAAGUAUUUUAUUCCCGAGGCAUCAAUACCUCUUGAUAUUGAUGCAUAUUACGGAUACGGGACACAUAAACCGCGUGUCUUCAUGACAAUACCUCGGUUUGAGAUUGGUCGACCGAUAACUUUGGGUACAGUUGGUAAAGAUGGUCGUAUAUCAGGCUACCCAGACUACUCCUGGCAAGAUUACCAAGGAAUAAAUUGUGAUGGACUCACCUCUGUGUUCAGGAUCGCUAUAGACAAUUGUCAUCGACUAUGGGUUGUGGACACUGGCAAAAUUAGGAGUGAACAGAAGUGCCAGCCGCAAGUUCUGGCAUUCGACUUAAAAACAGAUCAAUUAAUUUACCGCCACAGAGUGCCUUCAGAAAACUUUAUAGCAACGACACGAUAUAUAACAAUAGUUGUGGAUGUAAGAGGUUCUGGUCCAAAUGACUGUGCUGAUACAUUCGUAUAUGUGGCUGAUGUGGCUGGCUUUGGGUUAUUAGUGGUAGACGUUGCAAGAGAUCGUUCUUGGAGAGUCACUCAUCGAUACUUCUUCCCAUAUCCUUCCCGCGGCACUUUUAUUUUCGAAGGUGAAAAUUACGACAUCAUGGACGGUGUUUUGGGCAUGGCUCUAUCACCAUAUAUUGAGGGAUGUGAUCGUUUGUUAUAUUUCCAUUCAUUGGCUUCAACAACCGAACAUGUAGUGAGAACAAGCUUACUACGAAAUGAUUCGUUUAUUGAAAACCCUAACGCCAAUCCUAAUUCUAUACAAGUCUUCCAAGCAGAACGUCCGAGACAGUCUGGGGCAGAAGCAGUAGAUGACGAUGGUAUUUUAUAUUUCGGUCUCAUAGAACCGCCCAGCAUGUGGUCCUGGAACACUUCCACAGAAUACUCUCCCCAUAAUUUUAAUGAGAUCGCAGUCAAUGGAGAGUUGUUACCUCUCCCGUUCGGUGUGAAAGUUGUUAAUAAUCCUAAGGGUCAUCAAGAAUUGUGGCUACUGACAUCGAACUUUCAUAGAGCAUUUUUUACGAACUUACAUCUUACAUCAGACAGAAUAAAUUUGGAGUUCGUAUAUCCUGAUGAAGAGGCUCGCAUCAGAGCUAUAACUAAUAAGUAUUUUAUUCCUGAGGUUUCAAUACCUAUUGAUAUCGAUGCAUAUUACGGAUACGGGACACAUAAACCGCGUGUCUUCAUGACAAUACCUCGGUUUGAGAUUGGUCGACCGAUAACUUUGGGUACAGUUGGUAAAGAUGGUCGUAUAUCAGGCUACCCAGACUACUCCUGGCAAGAUUACCAAGGAACAAAUUGUGAUGGACUCACCUCUGUGUUCAGGGUCGCUAUAGAUAAUUGUCAUCGACUAUGGGUUGUGGACACUGGCAAGAUUGGAAAUCAACAGAAAUGCCCGCCGCAAGUUCUGGCAUUCGACUUAAGAACAGAUCAAUUAAUUUACCGCCACAGAGUGCCUUCAGAAAACUUUAUAGCAACGACAAGAUUUAUAACCCUAGUUGUGGAUGUAAGAGAUUCUGGUCCAAAUGAUUUUUCUGAUACAUUCGUAUAUGUGGCUGACGUAUCCGGCUUUGGACUGUUAGUAGUUGACGUUGCAAGAGAUCGUUCUUGGAGAGUCACUCAUCGAUACUUCUUCCCAUAUCCUUCCCGCGGUCUUUUUAUUAUUGACGGUGAAAGUUACGACAUCAUGGACGGUGUUUUGGGCAUGGCUCUGUCACCAUAUGUUGAGGGAUGUGAUCGUUUGUUAUAUUUCCAUGCAUUUGCUUCCACUACCGAAAACGUGGUGAGGACAAGCUUAUUACGAAAUGAUUCAUUUAUUGAAAACCCUAACGCCAAUCCCACUUCUAUAAAUGUCUUCCAUGCAGAACGACCGAGUCAGUCUGGGGCAGAAGCAAUGGAUGAUGAUGGCUUUUUAUAUUUCGGUCUCGUAGAACCACCCAGUAUUUGGUCCUGGAACACUUCCACAAAAUUCUCUCCACAUAAUUUUAAUGAGAUCGCAGUCAACGGAGAGUUAUUACCAUUCCCAUUUGGAGUAAAAAUUGUUAACAAUCCUAAAGGUCAUCAAGAAUUAUGGCUACUGACAACGAACUUUCAUAGAGCGUUUUCUGGGAAUUUUACAUCAGACAGAAUAAAUGUAAGACUUCAUGCUGGAAAAAUUCCAGCACAUUUGAGAAGGUCACAAAAACCUCGAAUGUUCAUCACGGUACCCCGAAUCGAUGUCGGCCGACCAAUAACUUUGGGUACGCUCGAUGAAAAUGGUCUCAUAUCAGGCUACCCAGAUUACUCCUGGAACGACAACCAAGGAAGAAAUUGUGAAGGACUCACCUCUGUGUUCAGGGUUGCUGUAGUGGAUGUAAGAGGUUCUGGUGCAAAUGACUGUUCUGAUACCUUCGUAUAUGUGGCUGACGUGUUUGGCUUUGGGCUAUUAGUAGUUGACGUUGCAAGAAAUCGUUCUUGGAGAGUAUCUCAUAGAUAUUUCUACCCAUAUCCAUCACGCGGUCUCUUUAUUAUUGACGGUCAAAUCGUCGAGAACAUGGACGGUAUUUUGGGCAUGGCAUUGUCUCCAUAUAUUGAGGGAUGUGAUCGUUUGUUAUAUUUCCAUGCAUUUGCUUCCACAACCGAAAAUGUAGUGAGAACAAGCUUACUACGAAAUGAUUCAUUUAUCGAAAACCCAAACGCCAAUCCUACUUCUAUAAACGUCUUUCGAGAAGAACGUCCAAGUCAAUCUGCGGCCCAAGCGAUGGAUAACAAUGGCGUUUUAUAUUUCGGUCUCAUAGAACCGCUAAGCAUAAUGUCCUGGAACACAUCUACAACUUUCUCUCCCCAUAAUUUCAACAGGAUUGCAGUCAACGGAGAGUUAUUACCCAUUUCAUUUGGUAUGAAAGUUGUAAACAAUCCUAAAGGUCAUCAAGAAUUGUGGGUAAUUACAACAAACUUGUACAGAACACUUACUAGGACUCUUACUCCAGACAGAAUAAAUUUCGUCAUUCAUGCUGGAGACAUUCCAGCACUUGUGAAGUAG